AUGCCUACUGCUGCUGCGCAAUCGCACUCGCACUCGCAAUGGAUUGACGUGGCGGAAACCGUUUCCGCGGUGCCCUCGCAAUCUCCCGACGUCGGCGGUGCUUCGUGUCCGGCAGAAGAGCUCGAAGCGGCACGAGCUGACGCGGAUAACGCGGAUAUCGGGAUUCAAGAGCCCGAGGCGGAAAAGGCGGAGGAAGCCGAGGGAGAGAGAGGAGUGAGCGGAGGAGAAAGGGAACCUCACGACGCGGGAAACGCGGGCGACGCGGGUUACAAGGAAGAUUUCAGAGACGGAGUGGAGGAGCGGGAGUGGAUGAAUGCGACAAGUGUGGAAAUCGAAGGAGGGCAAUUGGGGGAUGCGGGCGGCCGUGAUGAUGACGCGGACGAGGAGCAUGCUGACGUGGACAGGGAAGGCGCUCAAUCAGACCACCAAGAAGGCGCGGCGGAGGGGGAGGCGGAAGAGGGAGAGGCGGAGGGUGAAGAGCAGACGGACGAGGAGGGAGAGGAGGAAGGAGAAGAGAGAGGAGAGGGAGACGGGGAGGAGGCGGAUGAGGAAGGAGAGGAAGGAGAGGAAGGAGAGGAAGACUUGCUCGCCAUUCCUACGGACGACAUUGCGGGCCCCAUCGACUUGCUUGACCGCGUUGAUUGCGUUGACCCCGCUGACUCCGUGCGCCGCGACUCCGUUCACCACGUUGACCGCGUUGACCGCGUUGACUGCGUUGACCCAAUGGACGGCAUGGGGUGCCUCGACGGGUUGGAAACGCGCUGCCUCGCGGAUUUCGAGGACAUGCUGCCCGCAGGCGACGCGCUCGACAUGCUGGGCGACGAUUGCCUGUUGGCGCUGGGCGCGGGUCUCUUUGCGGACGACCUCUCUUCGCUGCUGCCCAUGCCGCCGCAUCACCCCUCCUGCCAUGCUAAGCCAUCCUCCUCCUCUGCCCCGGGCGCUUCCGCCCCCUCCGCGCGCGCUCCCCCGCACGCUGCGGCUGUGGCGGGCAAGACGAGGCGCGCGCCUCACAGCAGCGCCGGCCUCCGGAGGAGCGCCAAGGGCGGGAGCUAUGGCAGUGACAGCGGCAACGGCAACGUCAAGAGAAGUGGCGGAUCUAUGGCGAUCUCUGUGGCUCGAAAAUAUUUGAUUUGCGAUCAAGAUGGGUAUUCCGGAAGCCCUAUCUCCACCCUCGCUCCUCUGCGCUCCUCCUCCUACUCUCUCCCCUCCCCCUCGUCCCCUCGCUCCCCACCCGCCCGCUCCCCCCGCUCCCCUCCCGCCUGCUCCCCUUCCGCGCGCCCUGCCUCCCCCUCUCCGCUCGACCGCCUCUUGCUCUCCCCCAUCCCCGGCAAACGGCCGAGAUCUCACCGCCCCCUCGCUCGUGGGCGAACCUGGACCGUUGAUCUGCUGAACGAUCUGCUCCAUCCGACGGGGGAGUUUUACGCGCCAGAGCACGAAUGCGACGAGCAUGUGUUGCUAGACCAGGCGCAGCAGCAGCAGCGGCAGUGGCGGCAGCAGCAGGAGCAGGAGGAGCACGAGGAGCAGGAAGAGGAGGAGGAGGAGGAGGAGGGGCAGGAGUGGGAGCAGCAGGGGCACUCGCGUGUUCGAGCUUAUAACGGGUAUUUUCGCUCAAGCAAGCAGUAUGGCGCGUCAGCGCAGUCCGGAAGGAACAGGAAGCACAAAAAGGUCGAGCAGAGGGGCAGGCAGAAGGGCAAGGGGCGGCCGCCUUACACGGGAAGACCUAGGGGGCGCCCUUCUAAAGCCGCCAUUGCUGCCCGAUUGGCUGCUGCUGCCGCCGCAGCAGCAGCAGAGGCGGAAGCAGCAUCGGCAGCAGCAGGAGCUGGUGCUGCUGGUGGUGCUGGUGUUGCUGCUACUUAUAUUGUGCCUAUCCUCUCGUCGCCCCUGCAUAGAAACACCCCUGCUUCUGCUCACGCUGCUGCUGCUGCUGGCGCUGCUGCUGGCGCUGCUGCUGGCGCUGCUGGUGGUUCUGCUGCCGAAGCGUCUGGACGGCUGAAUGCGACGAAACGCCACAAGCCGUCCCCUCUCUCGCGGCUAUCCGUCUCAAGCUCAGACCGGAGCGCCAGCACCGUUUCCUAUGGCUCGGACUUCUUUUCCGGGCAGGUGGAGUCCGUUUUCCAGCUGCCCGAAAGCGCGGUCGCGGCCAAUGGCGUUGUGAAAACCGCAGCGGGCAGAGAUUUGGGGGCAGAUGGGUGGCGCGCAGGGCCGUACGGGCCUAAAACCCUGUGCAACGCGUGCGGGGUUAGGUACAAGUCCGGGCGGCUGUGCGCGGAGUACCGCCCCGCGAAUUCCCCCGAGUAUGUGGCGGAAAAGCACUCUAAUUCGCACCGUCGGAUCGUGGAGAUGCGGCGCUCUGUGAUCGCCACGUGGCAGCAGCUGCGGCGGGUUGGGGACGGGGGCGAGGAGGAGGGGGAGGAGGGGGAGGGCGUGAGAGGGGGGGUGGGAGAGGAGGGGACGGUGAGGGAGGAGGAGAGGAUGAAAGGGAGGGUGAGAGAGGUGAAAGUAGAAAGGGGAGAAGCUAGUGUGGGAGUGAGUGAGGGGGGAGAGUGGAGUGAGGGGGGUGAGGGGGGUUUGACUGGGGAAGGGAGUGAGGCGGGGCUGGGAGAGCUUAAGGGAACGGAGGGAGGGUUGUUGUCUCCUUUCUUUGAGUAUCGAUGCCAGUACAAGAAGGGAGGAGGGAGGAGGAGAAAGCGAGUUGUGGAGGAGGAGGAAGAAGAGGAAGGGAGGGAGUGGGAUGAUGAAGAGGAUGAGGGAGAGGAGAAGGAGGGAGAGGAGGAAGAGAUGGAGGAGGAGUGGGAGGAGAGAGAGGAGCGGAGGGAGAGGGGGGAGGAGUGGAAGGGACCGAAGCGGCUGCAGAGGCUCGGCAAGGCCCAGGGGCAAGAGCAGAGGUUCGGGGGAGGUAGGGGCGGAAGGCGGAGGCUGGGGCAGUCGGGGGAGCAGGGCGCGGGGCAGAGGGUGGGGCAGGUGGAGGGGAAGGGAGAGGGGGAGCGGAAAAGCAAACUCGCCGAUGUGACUAUGAAGGAUGUGACUGUAAAAGAGGUGACUGUAAAGGAGGUGGCGCUGUUUGCAGUGGGCAAGGGUGGGCGGCUGAGAGUGAGGAGGGAUGUGAGAAGGGGAGAGGUGGAGGGUCCAUUGGUGGUGCAGGUUGUAACGUCUCUCUUCCCUUCCAGCACGAAGGGUGCAAAGAGGGGAUGGGAGAGCAAGGGCAGAGUGAGCAAGAGCGGGGGCCUGGGCGGAGGAGUGAAGGUGCGAUUCUCACUAAGGAAAGUGCCCGGGCAUGGGGGAGGGAGCAGGGGCAAGCCCAUUGGUGCGGCCACAGUCAAGCCUAUUAGCGGAGGUACAGGCAAGGCGGCAAGUGGGGCUGCAGGGAGCACGUCCAGUGGACUUGUGAAGUGUGAGCAGUUGGGGGGGAGACCGGCAGAGCAAGACGCACUUCAGCAGAAGGAGGAGCAGCAGCAGCAGCAGCAGGUGCUUUCGCAUGGCAAGGACUCGGCUGUGAACGUACCUGUUGUUUCACUUGAGCUGGCACCUGAAGGCAAGCUGUCCUCUCCAGUCCCUGUCACCCCUGUUGUGGUGUCCAUCCUCCUCCCCACCGAACCUGCUUCUCUACAAGCUGCUUCGUUAGAAGCUGCUCCGCUCCCUCUGCGGCCGAGCCGCGGCAAAGCGGACUGCCUGCUGCUGGUGAACCCGUGCUCUCCGCACGGGUCCGAGUCCAUUCUCCUGCCAUCUCUCACCCCUAGUGCAACCGUGCCGAUUUUCGAGUCGACUCAAAGCGUGAACCCGUGCCCUCCGCACGGAUCCGAGUCCCUUCUCCUGCCGCCCCUUAACCCAGGGGCAAUCGCCUUCGAUUCAGGGUGGCCCGACGUCAACUCAGGAAAGGUCGAGCUCAACACAGGGAGGGUGGAGCUCAACGCAGGGAGGGUGGAGCUCAACGCAGGGAGGGUGGAUAUCCCCUACAACUCUGAAGAGCUCCCAGGAGCUCCGUUUGAGCCGGAGAUGGAUGUAGUGCGACUGGAGUGUGAGCUGCUGCAGGUGCAUGCGGGGUUUGAGGCGCAUGGGGAGCAGAGUGCAGUGGAGAGCAGCGUUUCUCCGGAUGCCAAGCCGCCAGUGGCACGGGAUUGCGCGGCAAUGGCAGCCGGAGAGGUGGCAGCAGUAGGAGGGAUUGCGAGUGGAGUGGUUGACAGCAAAGCAGUUGUAUGCAGCGUGGCAGACGGGGGGAAGGACCCCGAGACCGUCCUUUCUGACCUCAAGCCUGCUGCUGCUGCUGCUCCCGCUCCUACUGCACCUGUUCCUGCUGCUGCGGUUCCUGUUCCCGCUGCCUCUCGUGCUGCUUCUCCUGGUGCUCCUCCCCCUCAGGUGCUCCCCCCCCUCAGGUGCUCCUCCCCCUCAGGUGCUCCCCCCCCUCAGCACCCAACGCUGCCGCCUCCCUCCCCUCCCUCUGGGCGCGCCUCUCCGACCGCGCGCCUCUCCCAAGCCUUCCGCGCCCUCCUCUCCCCUCCCCCCUCCCGCGCCUCCCGCUCGUCCCCCGCGCUCCCCUCGUCUCGAACCUCCCGCUCCGCCUCUUCCCCUUCCGUCGCCUCCCCUUCCGCCACAGCCCCCUCCGCCUCUGCAAAAUCUUCCCCCUACGCGAAGGAGAAAGCGGAUGUGUGGGGAGGGGAGGAGGGCUCGGAAGAGGCGGGCGGCGGGGGAAGGGGGAGCAGUCUGGCGCGGCUGGUGGGGGAGGUGCGCGCCAAGGGGUCGCUGCUAGAGGCGGCGGACGAGGCGCUUGAGGAGGAGAGCCGCCGCCUGCAGAGCAAGGUGCGUGGGGUAGGGGGAUGUGAAGGCUAUGGGGGAUACGGCAAACCUGCAGAUGGGGAAAUGAGGGAACGGGGAAGAAGGGAGACUGGGAAAGGGAGGACCGAGAAGAUAGAAGUUAUAGGAAACGGUGGGGUUAUGGGGGGUGUGGUGGGGAAAGGAGGCGCGGCUGGUGGGGGAGGUGCGCGCCAAGGGGUCGCUGCUAGAGGCGGCGGACCAGGCGCUGGAGGAGGAGAGCCGCCGCCUGCAGAGCAAGUGCAGGCGGUGGCGGACGAGCUGGCCGCAUCGAUCCGCGGGCGCCUCUCAGUCGAUGACGUUCAAGCAGUGGUGGGCGCGGCAGUGGGGAACGUGCAGGUGGAGCUGGUGCGCGCGCGCAGGCGGACGAAGCAGCUGCUGUCGCAGCUGGAGAUCAAAGACACGGAGCUGCGCGUGCGGCGCGAGGAGUGGGAGAAGGAGCGCGCCGCCAUGGUCGCCACGCUCGACGCGCUCGUUAGGAAAGGCACGCUCGGGGGAGCGGGAGCAGCGGGCGCAGGGGGCGCAGGUGGAACAGGGGGAGCAGGGCGCGCAGGGGAAGCAGGGGGAGCGGUAGGGGACGGAGGAGUGGUGUUAGGAAGUGGCGAUAGAAUGGGAAGCGGGGGAAUAGGAGGAUUGGCGCCUGUGGAGGCGAUGACACGUGGCAUGAGCCUGACAGACGCAAUGAUGAGAAUCUUAUCCCUAGAGGCGGCUGUAGCGCGGGCGGAGGAGGCGGAGCAGGCUACAUCCGUGCGGCUAAAGCGCGUUGCUGACGUGUUAGGGCGGGAAAUCGCGAAGCUGAGAAAGGAUAAGAAGUCGAUAGAGAUCCGGGCGCAGAUGCUGACGUGGCGGCUGGAGAUGAUGCAGCAGAAGCUGGAGGGGCUGCUGGGGGGGUUGAUGGAGAUCAGGGGCGCGCUGAUUGGUGGAAAGGUAGAGCUGGGGGUUCAGCUAUUGGAGGAGCUUGUGUAUGAUGUGGAGACGUGGACUCGGCAGGGGAGGAAGCUUAUGGAGAAAGAGAUGGCUGGGUGGGAGGGCGGGAAAGGGGCGGGGGGGAAAGGGGCUGGGGGAAGAGGGGAGAGAGACGGGAAGGGUGGGCAGGCGGGGAGGAAGGAGGAAGGGGAAGGGCGGGAGGGAGAAGGGGGUGAGGUGGGAGGGGAGGGAGGGGAGAGAGAGGGUGGUAGUGGGAGUGUGAGGGCUGGGUGGUGGAAGGAGGGUCCGCCGGGGGAGUGGAGUGUGUAUGAGGAGCGAGAGGAUGGGCGGCUGGUGGAAUUGGGGGAGGAGAGGAGGGAGCAGGAGGAGAGGAGGAAGAGAGAGGAGGAGGAGAGGAAGAGAGAGGAGGAGAGGAAGAGGGAGGAGGAGAGGAGGAAGGUAGAGGAGGAGGAGGUGGCUAGGGAGGCGGAGGAGAGGGAGAGGCGGAGAUUGCUUGAGGAAGAGAAGGAACAGCAGGAGGGGGUAAUAGAAGAGGAGGAUGGGGAGGAAUUGAGUGAGAAGGAGGGGAAGAGUGCGAGUGAGAGGGAAGGAGGGCCAGUAGAGGUCCAUGUUCCACAGGGUGAUGACGUGGACCAAUCAAAAGAGAAGGCUAACGUGGGGAAAUCACAAGAAGAUGCUGACAUGCAGAUUGGGGCCGGUGAGGCAGGAGAGGAGGCGGGAGGUGGGGAGGAUGAGAGGAGUGGAGGGGUGAGUGAACCGGGGCAAGGGCAACAAGGCAGGGAGGAGGAGGCGAUGCAAGAGGCAGGGGAUGAAGGUGAAAGCGUCACACAGGAGGAUGGGGAUGAGGGGCAUCGAGACAAGGGGGAAAGGCAAGAGCGGGGCAAGGACGCGGAGGGUGGCAGUGGAGGGGAGGAGGUGGAGAGUAGUGAUGAGAAGUGGGAUGGUAGGCUAGCAGACGACACGAGUGAGGGUGAGAGAGCAGCUGAGGAGGAGCGGGAGAAGGCAGUCGAGGAGGAGCACGAGAGUGGAGUCGAGGAGAAGGAAGGCGAGAGGGACGUUGAGGAGGAGAGAGGAGCAGAGGAGCAUGGAGAGGAGAAAGUAGAUGAGGAAGGGAGGGAGACAGAAGAGGAGGCGGGUGCAGUGGGAGGGAGCAGUGAGACAGAAGAGGAGGGUGGGUCAGCGCAUGAGGAGGUGCUAGUAGAGCAGGAGUGCGGUGGAGAGGGAGCGAGAGGGGUUGAAGAGGGUAUAAGUGAAUAUCCUAGCGUUUUAUCUUCUAAAGAAGAUUCAAAGGAAGUGCGGGAGGCGCAAGGGGAGCAAGAGGAAGGGGCGGCGGCGGUGGAGGAGGAGGAGCGGGCGGCAGGAGUGACGCUGUACUAUGAGACGGGGUGGCCGGAGGUGUUUGUGCACUUCAGUGCGGACGGCGCUGGUUGGACUGAUGUGCCGGGUUCGAAAAUGGCAGAUUCGCCUCUCAUAGGCGCAAACACACUGCCCCUCAAGGUUAUUACACUCCCGGUGACUGCCAUGGAAUUUGUCACCAACAACGGAGGCACCGACUGGGACAGGUGGGUUCUGGGGUAG